GGUAGACCCGAUCGCCGCCACUCGGUGUGCAGCGACCGGCGCGAGAGGAAGUGUGCGGUCCGCUAGCGUCCGCUCUGAGUGCGCUUCGUCGGCGAGGGAAGCAGGCGGUGGAGAGUGGGUUGCGAGAGGUGGAAGUGGAGCAGGAGGAGCCGCCUCGAGUGGAAGGAAGGUGGAAGAGGGCCGCGGCUAGUGUGGACGGGAGGUGGAACAGGGGCCCCGGCCCGGACGAUUUUAAAACCCGCGUGUGUGUGCGGCGGGAGGGUGCAUUGGCUCGCUGUCCGCUUAUGUGAAACGUGUGGAGAGGGGAAAAGGGGGAAAGGCAGUGAACGAGUGAAGGAGGAGGGGGGCGUGUGAAAAGGGGAAGAGAAGAGGAGGGAAGACAGAAGGAAAGAGCUUCGUAUUUGGCCCGGGACGUCGCACACUUGACCGGGCAUGGAGGGGACGCAGAAGGUGUGGGUGUCCGACCAGACCCAUGGCUUCAUCCUGGGCAACAUCGAUGACCUGACGAGCGAAGGGGUGGUCGUGCAGCCUGUUGCCCGGGGAGCCAAGCCCAUCACGGCCGAUUACGACCAACUCUACCCAGCUGAGGAGGAGGACAACAAAGAUGUGGACGAUAAUUGUGCUCUUAUGUACCUCAAUGAGGCCACACUCCUCAACAAUAUCAGACUCCGUUACAAUCGGGAUAAGAUCUAUACAUAUGUAGCAAACAUCCUCAUAGCAGUGAACCCCUACAUCGACAUCCCAAACCUGUAUACCACAGAUACUAUCAAGAAAUACCAGGGCAGAUCCCUUGGUCAAAUGCCCCCUCAUGUCUUUGCGAUAGCGGACAAGGCUUUCCGAGAUAUGAAAGUCCUGAAGCAGUCACAGAGCAUCAUCGUCUCUGGGGAAUCCGGUGCUGGCAAGACAGAAUCAACUAAGUACAUCCUGCGCUACUUGUGUGAGUCAUGGGGAUCCAAGCUCGGGCAGCUGGAGCAGAAGAUCUUGGAUGCCAACCCUGUGCUUGAGGCCUUUGGUAAUGCAAAAACAACAAGAAACAACAACAGUUCACGUUUCGGAAAAUUCAUUGAGAUCCAUUUUAAUGAGAAACACUCAGUGGUUGGCGGGUUCAUCUCCCAUUAUCUGUUGGAGAAGUCAAGGAUUGUGGUUCAGGGGCCACAUGAAAGGAACUACCACAUUUUCUAUCAGCUCUGUGCUGGUGCACCUGAGCAGCUAAGACAGCAGCUGAAACUAGGGACACCAGAUCAGUUUAAUUACCUCCGCAAGGGCUGCACCCAGUACUUCUGCGGCAAGGAUACAGAAAAGUCCUUGGCAGCAAACCGUAAGAGUGGCAACCACCAGAAGAAGGGACCCCUAAAGGAUCCCAUGCUGGAUGAUGUGAAAGACUUUGCAACCAUGGACAAGGCUCUGAGUAACCUUGGACUCACCAGCCAGGAGCGACUGGCCAUCUACACAACUGUUGCAGCUGUGCUCCACCUUGGUAACAUCUCAUUCGAGGAUAAUCCAGAAGACACGAAAGGGGGUUGUAUGGUCUCGCCUGGCUGUGAAGGUUCAUUGAGCACAGCUGCCAGCCUCAUGGGUGUCGAUCCCGAGGAACUUAACCAGGCACUGUUGGCUCGCGUCAUGCAGACAAAUAAGGGUGGACUCAAGGGAACAGUUAUCAUGGUUCCUCUAAAAGUGUACGAGGCAAGUGGGGCUCGGGAUGCCCUGGCCAAGGCAAUGUACAGCAAACUGUUCGACUACAUCGUCCACCGUAUUAAUCAGAGCAUUCCUUUUUCGUCAUCAUCCUACUACAUCGGCAUUCUAGAUAUUGCUGGUUUUGAAUAUUUCCCAGUGAACAGUUUUGAACAGUUCUGCAUCAACUACUGCAAUGAAAAGUUGCAGAUGUUCUUCAAUGAGCGUAUCCUGAAGGAAGAACAAGCACUUUACGAAAAAGAAGGUCUUGGUGUUAGAAAAAUUGCCUAUGUCGAUAACCAGGACUGUAUUGAUCUGAUUGAAGCAAAGGGGAAUGGCAUUAUCAGUCUCCUAGAUGAGGAGAGCAAGCUGCCCAAGUCAUCGCACACACACUUCACGGCAGCAGUUCACAAUAACCACAACAACCACUUCCGCCUAGCCCUACCACGCAAGAGCAAGCUGAGGGAUCAUCGGGAGAUUAGAGAUGAUGAGGGCUUCCUCAUCAGACAUUUUGCAGGCGCAGUGUGCUAUCAGACGGCACAAUUCUUGGAGAAGAACAAUGAUGCCCUUCAUGCUUCCCUUGAGGCCCUAGUGCAGGAGGCCCAGAACAAGUUCCUGCAGGGGCUCUUUGCAGCAUCAGGAGAGAGCCACUCAGCCCGAGGGAAACUCUCUUUCAUCUCUGUGGCCUCCAAGUUCAAGUCACAGCUGCAGGAGCUUAUGGACAAACUAGGCAGCACGGGCACAAACUUCAUCCGCUGUAUCAAGCCCAACGUUAAGAUGGUUGACCAUGAGUUUGAGGGUGGAGCCAUCUUGUCACAGCUCCAGUGUUCAGGCAUGACCACUGUGCUCGAGUUGAUGCAGCAAGGUUUCCCCUCCCGUGCACCUUUCCAUGACCUGUACAACAUGUACAAGCGUUACUUGCCCCAGGAGCUGGCUAGGCUGGAUCCUCGGCUCUUCUGCAAGUCUCUCUUCAAAGCCCUGGGUCUCAAUGAUCGUGACUUCAAGUUCGGUAUGACCAAGGUGUUCUUCCGACCAGGCAAAUUUGCUGAGUUUGACCAGAUGAUGAAGAGUGACCCAGACAACCUCCAGAUGCUUGUAUCGAAGGUCAAGAAGUGGUUGAUGCAGUCCAGGUGGAAGAAGGCCCAGUGGUGCGCUCUUUCUGUCAUCAAGUUGAAGAACAAGAUCCUUUACCGCCGUGAACAGCUGAUCAUCAUCCAGAAGAACAUCAGGAUGUACCAGGCAAAGCAGAGGCAUCAGCCACGCUACAGAGGAAUUAUGAAAGUCAAGGGACUUCAGGGUCAACUGCAGCAGAUGUUAGCCAUCGUUAAUCAGCUGAAGAAGGACAAAGACUCAUCACUUGCCACUGUUCAGAAGCUGCAAAACAUGAUGGAAGCCCUCAUUCAGAAUAUCAAAGCUAAUGACAGAAUGACAAGGGAGCAGAUUGAACAUGAGCAUGCUGCUCUUGUAAGGUCUAUGAACAGCGAACUAGAUGCUUUGCACAAGAAGCUCUCACAGCAGAAGAAUGCAGAGGAGCAGGAAAGGCUUCGUCGCAUCCAGGAGGAGAUGGAGAGGGAAAGGCAGAAGAAGGAGGAGGAAGAGAGGAGGAGGAGAGAGGAUGAGCAGAUCAGGAAGAAGAAAACAGAGAUGGAACUAAGACGCAAGCAGGAAGAGGAACUACGCAGGAAGAUGGAAGAGGAGGACAGGAAAGCAGCAGAGGCCUUGCAGAAACAACUGGAGAAGGAAGCAGUUGAAUCAGAGCGUUUGGCCCACCAGGAAGAACAAGAGCGCAGAGAUCACGAACUGGCCCUUCGCCUUGCCAACGAAACCAACUCGGGGGUAGAUGAUCUGACCCCAUCUCUCAAGAGAUCAAGCAUGGUUGAAAAGCAGCGGCAACAAGCAGCCAACCAGAAGUACGAUCUGAGCCUCUGGAGAUAUGCCGAGCUGCGUGAUACUAUCAACACUUCGUGUGAUUUGGAACUGCUGGAGGCUUGCCGCAGUGAAUUCCAUCGGCGCCUCAAGGUCUACCACGCAUGGAAGGCAAAGAACAAGAAGCGCACCACAAUGGAGGAGAACCAGCGGGCACCGAAGUCUGUGCUGGAUGCAGAUAACAGAAAACGAGGUCGGGAGAGUGUACCUGCCUCUGAAGUUCCAAGAGAAGCGACCAAGUCCGUGCCAGCCCGUCCGAUCGCCAAGUCACCUGCAGCCGCUGGAGGAGGCAAAAACAACCAGCGUUACUUCCGCAUCCCAUUCGUUCGCCCGAGUGACCAGCACCGAGGGGAUCAGCAGCAGCAGAAGGGAUGGUGGUACGCUCACUUUGACGGUGACUGGAUUGCUCGCCAGAUGGAGAUCCACCCGGACAAACCACCAAUCUUACUCAUCGCAGGCCGUGAUGACAUGCAGAUGUGUGAGCUGAGCUUGGAGGAGACAGGGCUGACAAGGAAGCGUGGUGCAGAGAUUCUUGAGCAGGAAUACGAUAAAGAAUGGAGCCGUCAUGGAGGGAAGCCUUAUGAGCGCCCAGCAGAACGGAGACGCUGAUCUAGAUUGAUUGGGCUAGAUUAAUUGUUUGAUAGAUUGAUGAAUUUAUUUGGUUGAUGGAUUGAUGGAUGGAAAGGGAAAGUGAUAGAGAAAGAAGUAUAUACUGUAGUCAUCUUUCCUCCAGAUCGCCUUUGUCUCUUGGCUUUCUCUGGUCUUGUGAUUUUUUUUCUCUUACCCCGCCUGUGAUGUCACGUUUCCCCCAGAUAGACAUUGUUCUUUGUUUUUAGUUUGUAUGUCAUGUGAUUUUAGAUAUCAGAGAGAACAUGUGAUUUCCCAGAACAUUUUAUUCAUAUUAAGAGGAUUUUGGUGAUUUGGUUCAGUGCAUUAUUACUUAAGAAAUUUAUUAUUAUUAUUAUUAUUAUUAUUAUUAUUAUUGUUACUAUUAUUUUUUUGAUAUUAAGCACUCUUGAAGAAUUUCUCUUUGUGGAAUGAACACAAAACAGCCACACUCUAUGAACUAGUAAUAGCAGAUAUUUUUUUCCCCUCAUGAAUGGUUGAUGAGAUUAGAAAAAGAAAAGAAUAGCUUAAUAAAACCGAGAAAAAGAACAAAACUGAAACUAUUAAUUUGCAUAUGCCCUUGCAAGAUGGUCAGUAAAUAGAAAUAAACUUUUUGUAUCAUAAUCUCUCAUCAUAUUAGUAUCUUAACACAAGCAAAGUCAUAUAAUUGUGAGAAAUAUAGAGGAAAGAAACAAAAAUAGAGAGUGAAUUUAAGUAUAGCACUUAAGCUUGUUGUAACUCUAUUCAACACUAAGGGGAUGGUGAUUCCCAGCAUUCAUCUGAUAAGCAAUCGUGCAGAUGAUUGCUGUUGGUGCUUCCUUUGGUCUAGGGUGUGCUCUGGCCUAGGGUCAAGACACGCUACCAAUGUUGCCUUCAGGUGUGGCUGUACGGCACACUUAGACAUUGUUUUUCAUAUAUGACAUUUCCAACGUUCCUAUUUUGAACUGUAGGCAGAGCAUGUUUCUAAUGACAUUUCAAAGGACUCACCCAUAGUUAUGUGUACACAAGAUUACCAGAAGGUUUGUGAAUGGGAUGUGUUAUAAAGGGUGUGAUCUUGAGAGCAUAAAAAGGCAACCAUGUGAACAUCAUUCUCUUUAAUUUGCAGCAAAAGUGAUAAUUGAAGGGCAUUAGAACUUUCAAACUAUUGAGUAAUUACUAUGAUUAUGGAUUUUAUUUUUAAUGUAAUUAUUUUUUUAAUGGAUUUAUUUAUUGUUUAUCUAAUUGGUAUAAUAAGAAAUUGUGGGAUUAGAUAAGUGCAGCUUGUAAGCAUGGAGCUUCUACGUGUUGUAGGUAAUGACUGUGUUUCUCAUGUGGUGUUGUAGGGGAAAAGAAAAAAUGUAGUCAUUUAACAUUUUUAUACGCAUUUUAAGGCAUUUGUAUUCCCUCACGCUGAUGGUAUUUAUUAAAAGCUAAUGUGAAUAUCAUAUGGGAAGGUGCAGCUAUGUUUUAAUUUGUGAAUUUUUUUUAUUUUAACAGUAGGUAAGGUUGCUGUGUUUGUUAGGGGUAACCCCAUCCCUCCAUUUUUUUUUUUUUUUUUUCUUCUUUUUUUUAAUCCUUUUUUUGUGGACUUCAUAAUCACAUUUCUUUGUACUGCCAUUCUUGGCCAUUUAGAGAAAUUGUUUAUAAGUCACUCACGGACAUACAUAAGUAUAAAACAUGCACAUCUACACUUAACAACAAAUUAUACCUACAUAUAUGUAUACAGACAUUUAUUUGAGUUUGUAGAUGGAAAGAUAAAAUUGUAUGCAGUGAUUGCCAUUUUUACCAAUGUUAGCAAAUAAUUAUGAAAAACUGAUUACGUGAUAUAUAUGUAUACACUCAUGAAUAUAUGUAAAACAGCAGCUUCAGUAUAUCAUGUCCCAGAGUAUGCCAUUCCACAGCAUUACUUUUUUCAUUUUAUCAGAGUCUUAGCCAUUCCUCUUCUUUUGGGUCCAGUGGUGCAGCUGUUGUUGAUUCCAGCCCCCCCCCCCCCUUUUUUUUCUUGCUAUCGUUUCUCCAUAGAAACAAGUCAUUCCGUGUAUGUUGCUAGGUGCAGUGCCAAGUAAGUUGUGAGAUGCCCCUAUCAAGGUCUGUUAUUUUAUUUACAUUUUGGGAGGUUUGGCACUGAUGCACUGCAAGAUCUGUAUGUGGAGAAUUAAAACAGGCACAUUUCCUGAGGCUGGAAGUAGCAUAUAUUUUUGUUUUAGUCCUCCCAUUCUCCCUCCCUUACCUCCCUUCCACCCCUUAUUUUUGAAGUUGCAGUUAAAUAUGAAGACUAGGAUUUAGGAUAUGUUGAGUAACUGCGCUGUGUAAAAAGAUUCAUGUUGCUAACCAUUUUUGUUAAUCCGUGCUUUUUUCUUGGUGAAGGUAGUAUUGGUUUACUGUGGUUUUGAUUAUACUUUUUAUAGCUUGCCAACUUUUUUUGUUUUGUUUUUUUCGGUUACUAUGUUCCUUUAAAGCAAGAUUUUUUUUUCUUCUUUAAGUUGAUAUAUUGUGAAGUAGAAAUAUUUCUAGGAUUAUUUAGAUAUUCUAAGUGAGAUUAAAAACAAAAGAUGAAUUGUCUCUUUAUUUUUUCAUAAUUGCCAUCAUUACGCAAAGUGUAGCCAUGACUGUGGCAUCCAGGUUUGUGAAGAAAUCUAGUGAAGGUUAUUUAACAUAUAAGAAAAAGAUAUCCUAUGCAACUCUACUUAUAUCUCAGUUUAUUCUUUGGUCUCAGAUGUGUUUGUAAAGUGAGAGAUUUUGCAUUACUCUUUAUAGUUGUGGAUGGUUGUUCGUUCUUGGAAACAGAUUGCGUUCCAUGACGUGUUAGAGGGAAAGAAAUUAAAAGUCAUAACAUAAAUAUAUUUAGCUUUUAUUACACUUGAUGAGUAUGCAAGGUAGCUGACACAGGUCAGGCAUUGGCUAAUUUCUUCUAUUUCCUAAUCAAUAAAAUAGAAAAAAAAUAUCCAGAAAGAUUUUAAUAUCAAACUCAAGUUUGUUAUAUUAAUAUAAUAUUAAUGUUCAUAAUGCCAGCCUGACCUCAAAGCUUGAAAGCAGUAUCCAGUUUCCUGUCCAGAAGAUAUUUUCCCAAAAACUAUUAUAGAGCUUUGUUUCAGAUGAACAUAUUUUUUAUUUGAUGCAAUAAUAAGUUUUGCUUUAUUUUUAUUUAAUAAUUUUAUAGAAAUGUAAACAUAUUUAUCUAGAUUUAUGCUAAUGCUGGAGUGGCGGUGAAAUUAUUUUCAUUGUUUUUUUUUUUUUUUUUUUUUGAUAAACCAUCAGAUUGUAAUUUAUGUAAGAGGUCACGUAUAAUACCCACAAUUCCUUAAUAAAAAGGGAAGAAAAUGCA